UUUUUCUGUCUCCAUGCGUUUCUGUCCAGUGUUGACAGGAACCAGCUGCUGAGGUUCAUCCACUGCUGUGCUGCCUGUGACGUCCAGCAGGAGGCAGCAUCAGGCCUGCUGAGGACUCUGCAGCACAGCUUGGAUCUGUCCUGCUCCUCCUGUGUGGAGCCACCAGAGGAGGAUCAGACUGAGCCUCUGAGUCUGUCUGCUGAUGACUGCAGGGCCGUCUCCACCAUCCUGACACACAGCAGCCGGGACACACAGCUGGACCUGCGAGACUGUGAGGUGGAGGACAGCGUGCUGGACCUGCUGUUUCCUGUCCUCCACAGGGUCCGCCUCAGAGUCAGUAAAACUGUCCUCCUCCAGCUGCUGUCUCUGGUUCCUGUGAACAGUGAGAGGGACACAGUGAGGCGGGCGGUGUCCCUGUGUAGAGCCCUGGGUGGAGAGCUGGAUCUCAGUCACACCACACUGGAUCAGAGGGUCUGUGGGGCUUUGGUCCAGAUGCUGGACUCGUGUGAGGGGCUGACAGAGCUGGACCUCAGUCACUGUCAGCUCACUGACCAGCUGCUGCUCCCUCUCAUCACACAUCUGCACAAAGUCCAAGUCCUAGAUCUGAGUCACAAUCAGAUCACUGAUGCUUCGACUGAUGUGUUACUGCAGCUGCUCUCCAUCAACCCCUCCAUCCACUCUGUGCGACUCUUCAGCAACAACAUCGUGCACAGAGCAGCCUUCAAGGAACACACGCAGUUUGAGAUCUGGUGAAGCACUCGUCAUCAUCUUUAUCAUCGUCGUCAUGAUCGUCAUCAUCAGGGAGAUGUAUUUUUAUGGUCUCAGUAAAAACUCUCGCAAUUGCUUCAUACUAAUCUGUAAUAUACAAGAGCAAUAAUAGGUCAGCGUAGUAAGCGUUAAUAACUACUUUAGAGUAUUUUCUUUUUCAUGUCGUUAUUAAAAUGCUUUGUUUUAUUUAUUUGUGUAGAAACGAGCACGUCUCAUGUUUCUGCUAAUUUUUAUUUUAUGGAGCUCUGAAGCCAUCUAGUGGUCAUCCCAAUAUUUACACAUCAGGUUGUAUUAUUGUGAUUAAAAUAUUUUCAAUUAGUGAAAAAACAAAGUGAGGCUGUAACAGUUACACUGUACAUUGUACAGUUGUGAGUCAGCUUUGUUUAUUUUUGGUACUUCUGCAAUAACUGCACUGAUUUUUGUGUACUCGCACACAAAUGUUGAUUCCACGAAAUACAAACAGAUACUGAAAAGUGUAACAGCUGCAUUGUUUAUUGAACAAAUAAUGAACAAGUUCUCACAAUCAUCUCUUCCCGAUGGACGUCACAGCCGAAGCAUAAUGUGUUGUACAUGUAUUUUUCAUUUAUUGUAUUUACCAACAUCAAGACGUUGCAAGCAAGCAGCACAUUAAAGACGUGCAGUGUUUUCAGAAAGACAUUUUUUAGACCGGCUGUUAUUUUGUUACUACAGAUAUGUGAAAUGUCCUGUUAUGGUUUAUUAUACACAGGCAAAUCAUUUAAACAUUAUAGUCCAUUGUAAAGAGGUGAUUGUGAGAACUUGUUCAAUAUUUGUUUAAUAAAAGAUUCAGCGGUUGCAUACUUUAUA